AUGGCACCCAGCACAGCCAAUUCGCCCAAAUACCCCCCAGUGAAGCUGCCACAUCCUUUCCUUACUACAUAUCGAGUGCAACCAAUUACUGGGACGACACCGACAAAGCGCAAGUUGGUUUUGGAGAAUCAGCCCAGCGAUGGAUGCCCUCUGAUAGAGGCGUUGCAUCUCGACUCAUUAUCAUGGAUCGACUUAACAUUGCCUCCUAAGGAUCAAUCUCCCCCCGAGUCAGAUAACAGCGCUUGGGCACGGGCUUGUCGGAGUCCAUUCACCACUUUCGAAUGGACGUCGGAUUGCCCUACACUGGGUCAGAUCUGGAAUGUGAUUCAUGCGAUCUAUCUUGCCACUCCCACAAACGAAUACUUCAGACUGACUCUGGACGGUCGGGAUAGUGAUAUCCUUCGCAAAGAACUUCUUACAACCGGCCUGGCGAUCGAACACCCAAGACCAUGGCACCGACCCCAGGAUAAGGCGACUUGGCAAUCUGAUGACUUGUUGAUACUCCGAAGCGCUUUUUGGCAAGGCGCAGCUUCUCCAACCGGCCCUCGUCCGAUCUGGGCAGUUGGAGACGGAACAGAUGGCUCUCUUCGCAAGCCUUUGGACAUGUUCCCGAUCAUGCCUGAGAGCUAUCAAAUCACUAUGAAGUUCCCAGAGGAGGCUGUGUAUACCCGCCAUCCCACACGGCGUCCAAAGCCACACCCAGGAUCAAUUGUCUACAGCCGAUACAUCCCUGAGGUUGAUCAGCACUUUUCCCUUGAGGUGGUUGAUUGGGAGAAUCUUGAGCAUUUGAAGCUCUUCAACACCUGGCAAAACGAUCCGCGCGUUGCGAAGGGUUGGAACGAGACUGGAACUCUGGAUGAACACCGAAAUUAUCUGCGCAAACUCCACUUCGACCCUCAUGUCCUUUGCUUGUUCGGACGCUUCGACAACACCCGCUUCUCAUAUUAUGAGCUGUAUUGGGCCAAGGAGGAUCAUUACGGUGCCCAUUACGAUGCCGGAGAUUACGACCGUGGACGCCACUCGCUUGUCGGCGAUGCCUCCUUCCGUGGUGCCCAUCGUGUAAACGCCUGGUAUUCAAGCUGCAUCCAUUACUGCUUCUUGGAUGACCCACGAACCGUCAAUGUUGUCGGCGAGCCAAAGGCUACUGGCGACACCAUCUUGUCCUAUGAGAAUGCCCAGGGUCUUACGAUCGGCAAGUACGUCGACCUCGGUCACAAACGCUCAGUUCACAGUAUUGCCAGUCGAGAGAAGUGGUUCCAGUUGUGCCCUCUGUUCUGGGAUGGGCGUGAAAGGCCGCUUGAAUCUGCUGACCGUGCCGCUUGGAAUGCAAAGCUCUGA